AAGAUAUCGCCUGAUAACACGAAUGAUGGGGAAUGUUUAUUGCUACGUCAACAAUCCGAGAUAUGAGGUUAAAAGACACCUCUAGCUUCUGCCAGUCAAAAUUCAGUGUUCGAUGUCACAUUAAUUAUGAAAAAAUUACGGGAUAUAAAUUUAAUUGAAUGAGUAUUACACACUACCUGUGAUUUUAAAAAGAACAUAAUGUUCAAAUUGGAGUCGUACAUCACUCCAGUACUUCUCAAUUAUGUUGGGAAGUACGUGAAGAACUUCAAACCAGAACAGUCACAGGUGUCCCUCUGGGGUGGAGACGCAGCAUUUCAAAACCUGGACCUUCGACUGAACGUUUUGAACGAGCAAUUGGAUCUGCCCUUCAGCUUCGUGAGUGGUCACAUCCACGAGCUCCUCAUCCACGUACCCUGGGUGAAGAUCACCUCCGAGCCGAUAGUAAUAACGAUAAACACGAUAGAAUGCAUUUUAAAAAUGAAAGACAACUCGGAAAAAGAGGAGGAGAUCACCCCACGUGUCCAGGAUUCGUUCCAGGAUGACACACCACCUGGAUACAUGAAGAGUAUCGUAACAAAAGUUGUCAACAACAUAACGAUAAACUGCAAUAACUUAAUCCUGAAAUUUGUGGAGGAGGAUAUUGUCCUGAGUGUGAAUAUUCGAUGUCUCUCGAUGCAGACAGUCAACGACUCCUGGCAGCCGACAUUCACUGACGUCAACGACAUGAUCCUCCGCAAGGUCAUCACAAUCGAGGAUCUUACCCUGUGUCUGGACAAGAUGGAUUCAUCAGGAAAAAUUGACAUCUACCAGGAUCCAGUGGUCUACCGUUGCUCCAUGACAAUCAGAGCAAUAAUUAAUUGCCAGAGUAGCUCAUCUAGACGCUCGACAAUAACUCGAUUCGACAUUCACUCGUCGAAGAUGGAGUUCUCGAUAACAGAGCAGCAGAUUCCCAUGAUUUUGCGAUUAAUCUCGAUGCUCAUGGCUCUACAGUCGAAGAGAGCAAUUCUGAAUCGUCGAAAGUCAUCGAUGUCUGAGGAAAUUCAGUCGGAAAUUGGGGAAAUCGAUGAGAGUAUAUCUCAAACUCCAAUUUCAAACAGCAAUGGGUGGGGUACUUGGGCGUGGAAUACUGUGGCAUCAGUUCUUCCAGUUGUCUGGGAUGACGAAUUGUCAAUGGAUCAACCCCUCAAUUAUGUAGGACAGACAAUACAAUUUGGUAUUUACAUUGAAGACGCUAUUCUCACCCUGAAGACGAUGGAGACAAUCAAGGAAUCAUUCACCCACAAAUCGAUGAAAAUAAGAUAUCGACCUUUUCUCACUCUGAAAUUAUCAGGAGUUGUGGCAGAAGCUGUGCAGCAGGGAAUAACAGUCACGGCAUACAGAAUGGGAAUUGGUAAUGUACAGUUGUCCCCCAGAGGCAACUGCAGCUGUGGAUUUGUCGAGGUGAAAGCUAAUGCUGAAUUACCACUGUAUUUAUUUGCUGGCAAUUCCAUAAAUAAUUACUUGAAGGACACUCUGUUCGAUGAUAACUUCACCAUCACUCGAUUAAUUACCAAAGAUUACAAUGAUGAUAUCCAGGAGAGGCUGUCAUCUGACUCGUCAACUAGAGAAUUCUUCAGGAAUUGUCCAGCCAUCUGCCUGGACUUUGUUCAUGUCAUUCAACUUCCUGAUGACAUCAGACAGGACGAGUUGCUGGAUCUGGCGAGGAAUUUUGAGUACAGCAAUUAUCACGAGAAAGAGUCGGCAAAAUUAUUCAUUGGCAAUGUAUCGAUAAGAAUUUGCUCUGGAUUUAUUCACAGACUUCCAGCAAUCACUGGUGCUAUUGAAAAAUCUGACAUAUUGAACUGCAUUCCUCGUAAAAUCGAGCCAGCAGUCAAUGAAUUGCCACCAGUGACAGUAGAAGAGUACGAGGCACUCAAUGAUUUUGUGCCAAUGACGGAGACAUCAGUGGAGAUUUAUGAUUUAUCGAUUCAAUUUCAAUUGGCUGAUCACAGGAAUAAUUCCAGGAGAAAUAAAUUACCCCAGACUAAACCCCUGGAUUAUCCUCGACUGCUCCUGAAUUUUGAUAAUAUUCAGGGAAAAAUAAUAGCACCGAUGUAUUGUUUCAGGCUAGCAGCUUGUGCAUCGAAGCAGAGGAUUCUGUCUGAUAAAAUGUUGAGGGAGUGUUACAAAAGGAUUGAGGGAGGUAUCAGUGGCUUUACGAGUCUUCUGUACUUGACUGAGAGCUGUCACACGUCCUUGGUGAUGCCCUCCAGCCUGUCAUUCUCGAUGGAGACGCUGAUUUAUCCCCAGUACUGGGUUAAUAUUGAGUCUAUAAAUGUUCCCAGGGUGAUUCAGGAUUGCAGACUCGAUAAUUUGACCAUGACAAGUACAAAAGCGAAGUUCAUGGUGUCCCAGGCGAUUCUCACGUCUUUAUUUCACCCAGAGGCAAUGGGGAAUCCUCUCAUGUGUUCCUCGCUGUUCCAGGAUGCAUUCAACGAGACAAAUGCCACGUACCUGGAGCUGUCGAUUGAGAACAUCAAUUAUUCUUCUAUCAUGCUGUUGGGGUCUUUCACCAAGACCUUGAGUAUUGGGAGCAUCAGGAUUUUUGCCCUGAAUGAUACAGCCCAGGCUUUUGUACUGUCAGGUCCUGAGAAUCCAGAGAAUCUUGACUCCAAAUUGCUGGCAGUGUCUGUGAGAUUCCCCGAGAAUCCAGAGGCGCAGGAGCACGGUGUCAUCAUCAGCCUGAAAAUAUCACAGACUCGAGCAUCAUUGGAUCCUCUUUUUAUCCAUUGGCUUCAGUACCAGAGUAUUUUUUACGAGACUGAUCUAUCGACAGUAUUAUCUGACAAUCAUGGAACCGAGGAAACUUCUUCUGACACAUCCACGAGGAAGAAAACAUUCCCAAGUCUUCAUGAGAACGUGCACAGCCCCUCCGAGAAAGAUCGCAAGUGGAAUUGGAUUCUGGAGUCAUCUAAACCCCAGAGUAAUCAGAAAGAAGUCAAAACUAGAAUUGGAAUAACGAAAAAGGUGACACAUUCGUACUUCUGGUGGAAGAGAAUUGGAUUGAUAUGCAGUGUUGAGCCACUGGUGAUUUAUAUGCCAUCUAGAUCACUCGAUGGCAUCGGAAUGAAUGGACUUGAGGAGGCGAAGGACAGGGCAAUUUUAAAUCCCCAGGAAGACCUUGAGAUUUUUGUUGUGAAAACAGCACACUUGACCCUCCACUCUGCCAAUUUCUCAGCUGAUCAGUUACUAGACGACAACCUGAGCAUCUCCUCGAUUCAUCAGCUGCCCAAUAAUUUCCCCUGGGCCCUGAACAUGAGUGAUUUCCACUGUUACACACUGGGCAGCACUCAGACGAGAGGAAAAUUAAAUUUUCUCAGGAUGGAGUCAUUAAAUGCGACAAUUGAUGCAACAAUUAAACCAAAUGUUAAUUCCUCUGUUGAAUCCAUGAAUACUCUGGGAUUCUGCAUUUACGUGGGCACAUCACCGAUUAAAAUCUCAUGCUCAGAAUCCCAGAUGAGACUUCUGAGUGAAAUAAUCCAGAGAUGUUCCAGAAUUCUCGAGUUGUACGUGAAUCAGUCACCGAGGAAUCGCGAGGAACAGGGAGAUAUUUCAAUCGUUAAUCAGCAACAGGUACUCCAGAGUCCUCCAAUCCUCUGCACCGAGGAAACAGACACGACAUCGACAACGUCAACAUCGAAGAAUGAAUCUGAGGAUGACAAUCCAGUGGUGAUGACAGCCUGGAUCCAGUGGACGAUCACAAAAGUGUCGAUUAAAUUGUAUUCAAUGCAUCCAGUUAGUCAUGUUGAGAGGAAAAUGGUGGUGGAGCUGGAGGAUAUCAUCACGUCUCUCGACUGGCAGCCGAUUUACAUCCAAUUGAAGAACAAAGUCACAACAGCCACUGUAUUCCAUUACGUGAGAUCAGCUCUGAAUGAUUCCUGGCGUCUGGGUGAAUUCUCAGGGAUAAUAAUGUGCCUGGGGGAGCAGGAGGAUCUCGUCAAGGCCGUUGAAGAGGACGACUUCCUGACAAUCACCGUUACCCGAGCUAAAUCAAAUAAUGUCUACAACAAAUGGAGCUAUCACAAACACCAUAAAACCCAUAAAGAUCAUUACACGUACCUAGAUGACCCCUCAAUAUCCAAUUACAUCACGGAGAUUGUCAUAAAACUGCAAAUUCUGGAGGUGAUACUGCCCCUGGACGUCUUAAAAACUUACCUGGAUAUCCUGACGAUAGGAAUUUAUGUAUCCCCACGUUCUCCAGGUUCUCUAUGUUCUUCAAACUCCCCCAUAAAUCCCACACCACGAAAAUCUUUUCCUCUGAUCUACGCCGAUCUCAAGGGAGUGACUCUGGUGUUUCCAGUGUUGACAAAACGAAAUGACCUGCAGCACGAUACAAUUGUCUUCAGAACUGAGAGCAUCAGCAUCAAUCCACAUGCUGAAAAUCCAAUUUGCAGAGUUAUUCUGCGUCCUGAUAUUUAUGAAUUAGCAGCCCAGGGGAAUAUUCUUAGUACUCCGGGUUCAGCUGUCGAGGAUCGUCAGUAUGAGAUAAAGAUAAAUGAGAUUUUGGGGUACAGCACGUCGUGGAUUCAUCGCCAGGUGAAUCUUACAAAGAGGAAUGCUCAGGCGUCGCUUUAUACGAUGAAUGAGAAUCCAGCACUCGAGUGGAACAAUAUGACAGACACUGGGGAGAAUAUUGAAGCUCAAUGCUUGUCCUUGACGUCUAAUUUCGAUGUAUGUUGCAUUGUUGCACCACCGAUAAUCUAUAAAUCAGAGACAAUUGUGUGUGGAAAAGCUGUGGAGAUCACUUGUCUCAGUGAUAUCGAUAUUGCUGUCAACCUAGAGCAGAUUAAGCUCAUGAAUAUUCUGGUUGAGCAGCUGGUGGAGUUAUCACAAGGCCCUGACGACCUAGAGGAGGUGGUCAACCGAGGAAAUGGGGAGAAUUCACAGCAGCUGGUGGAUUCACCUGUUAAGGAGGGAAAUGAUAGACAUCUGGAUAAUCAUGGGGAAUAUGGACAGGACAGUGGAGUCGAUGUUGACAUGUCAUCUACAGAUGUUGGCUGCCACUUGCGCUCGCACUCCAAGAAUCCAAUGAUUCUCCCCUUCGAGUACCUCAUGAACUUCGGAAAAAUCUCAGUCACGAUUUACGAAAAUCUCAGGACGAAGUCAAUUAAAAAUUCAAGUAUUUAUCCAUUAAUUCAUCUCCUGGUGAAUCAACCAAACACUUACAUUUCUCAGCAAAAUGUCACGAGAAUUUUUCAGAUCAACUGCUUCGAUCUAUCUGUUUCCUUUCCUGAUGAGGGCAGAGCGAUGGAGACUGUCCCAACACCUGGGGAUUUCAAGAGAAUGUUAAUAGAGACAAAGAGUGGAGAUCCUCAUCCCAACACGGGCAUCCCCCCAUCAUUCGUCAUCAUAAAAAUUCAAACAGACGUCAACAAGAAAUUAAUAAACAUCGACAUGGGUCGACCCACGAGGGUGAAUUUGUCGUUGCCACUGAUGGAUCUCAUAGAUUCCACGAGGGAGAAGCUGUCCAACUGCUUCAAGAGCCCCAUGAGCUCCAGAGGUGAAGAAUCUCCAGAAUCUCCAGGAAAAAUUCAAGAAACUGGUGUUCUACAUCUUCCAAACGUCAAUAUCACAACAAAACAGGUGGUCCUGGCCCUUAAAUGUGAUUCCACGUCUGAAUUAAUCGUCUCGUUGUCUUCAUUGUCAGCAGGAAUGACGAGUAGACCGAGAAAAAUGAGUGGAAACCUGAAUUUAUCAUCAGCGAUGAUAACAACGAAUGUUUAUAGGAAUUAUCGAGUAUUUCUGAAUCCAAUGUCAUGUCACUGUGGGAUUAAUGUCAGCUGGGAGCCCUGGCACGAUCCGCAGGACAUCCCUCAGACGAGGAUUCAGGUCUAUAGUGAUCACAUUCAUCUGGACAUUGGUCCUGAGCAGCUGCGAGUCCUCAGGAGCGUUCAGAGAGACCUGGAGAGUCUGUCAGAUAAAUUCAUCAGUCCCUCAAACGUUGAAACUCAUCAGCGAAAGGUAUCGAGUGCUGAACAGCAUUAUCAGGACGACCUGAAAGUCGGUGCCUUCCAGUUCAUCGAUGGAACAGCUGACGAUAUGCCUCUACCCUAUCAAGUAAUAUUUUCACAGCAUCCGAAUCAAUCCAUGGUCUGGCGUUAUCCCCAGCCGAGAAUUCUCACUCGUCUUCAUGUGAAUUCAAUUCUUCAAUCGAUCAUCGAAGAUAAUGAGAUCGAAUUCGAGGGAAUUCUCUGUGUUAUCGAGUUCUGGAGUGAAUCGUUGUCGUCGUAUCAGAGAUACAUCGAAUUUCCCAUUAUGGAGAUCCAGAAACCGACGUUCAAACUGCCGAAUAAAUUCCCCACUAGAGCUGUCGCUUGUGUUUGGAGAUUGACUCUUCAUUCUGGAGAUUUAGACUCGAGAAAUCUCGCUGGAUCGCUCAGGAUCGAUUCGUAUUUCAAUUCCUCGUUGAUAUCUGGUGUGGAAGUCACUAUGAAUGUCAAAGCCAUUGAUUUAUCGUUUUAUAAUCAGAUCGAUACAUCUGUUUAUCGAAAUUUAUCAGCACCAUUGGAACAUUUCAGAUUAAACAAUAUUGUACCCAGCACCCAGUGUUUCUCCAUCGUUAGACAACGAAAUGUACUUUUUGUUUUUAACAAAUGGGAGGACUCGCUGCUUGUGGAUUUGUCUGGGAGUCUCUCCGUCGAAAUAAUGGAUUACGCUUACCUCAGGAUGCAGACGUUCCUGGAGGAGGUGUCUGGGAAGAUUCAAGUAUCGAAAUCCGAUCAUACGAAUGUAGUUAUGAUGUGGCAGGAGGUAUCCCUCAGGUUUGGCCCGGAGAUUUCUCACACGUUGACGCUGUCCUUUAACCUGUGGAGAUCUGCACUGGAGGGUGAUGAGAGGAUCCUGAGAAAUGAUGGUGUUAUCCUGAGUAGAAUUGUCGUUGCCAACAGCUGUAAUGUCCCUGUGAGAUUUGGCCAGAGCAAAUCACCUGAUGAUAUCCUCCUGCAGACGUCUGAUUGCUAUUUUUACAGCUGGUGUCAUAAUGACAAUCAAAGCAUGAGAAUUGCUAUGAAGAGCACUGGCUGGAUCUGGAGUCGUCCAUUCAACGUCAGGUGCGACGGCAUUCGAAGAAUUAUAUUUGAUAAAUCUUAUAACUCUGGUGUUCAUGUCAACAUAAAGUCACUCUCUCCGACUCAGAAGCUGAUAAAUUUCUGUGGACAAUUGAUAAUCUGCAAUUCUCUAGUUGAGGACUUUGAGUUGAGACUCCUGAGGUACGAUAAUUCCUCAAAAUCACGUAAAAUCAUCUACGAGGAUGGCUCUUACGUCCUGACGAGUGCAAAACCCUUGUCAAUGGUGAUAGAUGAGAAAGAUUAUUUUGCGAUUAGAUUGAGAUUUUCAAAAUCAACGAAUUCCUGGACUGGUGAUAUUCCCCUCCAUGCGAAUGCCAAGUGUGAUCAGCCCUGGCUGGUGAAGGUGCCUCACCAGGGGCGAGACAAAUUUCUGAGCAUCUGGGUGAGGAUUAUCCAAGAAUCCACAGACAAUGGACGAAUUCUCGUGAUCCUGAGUCCUCUCUACGUCAUAAGAUCAUUUCUCCCUGUGGAAGUUGGAGUUAAAGUCGAAACACCGACUCUCUCAUCGUCAUUUGACACUACAAUACCUGGUUGUGGAGAGCUCCAGCAGGUGAACUGCCCUGGCACUUUCGAGAACUUCCACCAGCUGACAUUCCACAGUGGCUACGAGAUCUCAACACUCCAGACAUCGAUACCCAUUUCCUACAACUGUGUGGACCAAAGGAAUUUUUUUAAAAGACCCCUAAAAGAGGAUAUCGAUCAGAUCCUGGAGGAUCUUAUCUCGUGGAGGGCGAGAUCUCCCUGGCCCAAGGACGAGGACGAGAACACCUGGAGGGCUGUCAAGCAGGGCAGAACCCACGCAUUUGUCAGAUAUCAGGACGCUGGAAUAGUCUCCAGUACUUUAUUAUUUGAAAUUCGCCCCUGGUGCUACAUGAUGAACUCCUCAGGAAGAUCCCUAUCCAUUAUUUCAACGAGUGAUCAUCUUGUGGAGAUUCCCCACCUGGGGGUGGCAGCACCCCCCAAGCUUGAUGGAAUAUUUCACAUCCAGAUAGAAAUUGAGGAUGAGUUGUACGAUUCGCCACCUCUGCAGCUGGCAAGCUCAGAGUGGAAUCGAGGAUUCAUAAUGCCCCAGAUAUCUGGAUUAAUUCCUGUGGAUGGAACCAUCAAGGUCAAUAUUGAUUGUGGAACCAGAGGCACCUGCUGUCUAGUCGUUAAUUCCAGUGUUCAGGAGGAGAUCAGGACAAUCAGAGUGAUGAGCAGUCACAUCUUCUGUAAUUUUACAAAUCACAGGCUGAUAAUAUCGACUCUAUCAGCUUGUCCAUCGUCCUCUGGUGUCCAUAUCCCGGAGAAUCUGGAUUUAUCCAGCAGAGAGUGUCUUCCAAGCUCCCUGAAGAAGGAGGGAAUACCGAUAUCCCAGUGGCAUCACUUGACAGAGCCUGAAACCCCGGGGAAGAACCAGAUCCCCUUUAUCCUCCUCAACGCAGGAUUCGGCUGGUCUUGUCCAUCACGAGUCGAGCAGGGAAUCAGUAGAAACUGCCUGGCAAUUCCUCUGGAUGAUUCGUCAAUUCCAAUCGUGAUAACAACUCAGAAGGACAAGGACGUGACGUACGUCGUUGCCUCUUACGACGAGCAUCCCCAGUUAUUGAUAAUCAACAAGUGUUCAUUCGAUCUGAUAAUUAGACAGUCCAACUCUUCCAGGUGUAGUUUUGAGGUGGAUUCACCGCCAUUUUCGUGGUCCUGUUGUGUACCCAGUGGUAAAUCUCGUUAUUACACAACACCAAAUGUUGGGAGAUUGAUUCCAGAUGCAGCAAAUGCCAGAGAGACCAAGUGCUUCCUCCAUUUAUCAUCGAAAGACAACGACUGGUUCAAAAUCAUUGACCUCCCAGUGGAAAAACCCAUAAGAUUCGAUCAGUACCUCCAGAUCGAUACCCAGAGAGACCUGAAGAUCAUGGUGGAGAGCAGGGGACACACAGUUCACAUAAAUAUCGAGCCAAAAUCAGAGAUUGAGGUGUCAGUGAAAGACAUUAGGAGUCGUCUGGUGUUAGAGGGGAUUUCUCCAAGAUCCAGUGAUCAUAAUCGACCAGCAGAAGUUGCAGGGAUCAUCGAGAACCCAUCGAUUUGUCUGACAGAUGGCCUCUUCGAUGAGAAAAUUCCCCUGAAGUGCCCCGACGAAGAUGACGAGAAAUUCCUGACUCUCUACAUCAAGGGAAUCAAUCUGGCAAUCAGUUUGGACACUGCUGACAGCAACCAGAGGAUCGAAGUCGCCACUUUCUAUCUUUUGCACACGAUAAUAAAUAUCACGUCAACAAUGAAAUGCCUCAGCCUUGGAAUUAUGAUUGGUGAUCUUCAGUUUGACAAUCAGAUGUUCGAUCAGGGGGGAUUUGACUUCCCUGUGGUCCUCAUAUCCCAGAAACCGUCGAUCAAACUCGAGAAGAGUUUUGUCAGUUCGUCCCUCGAGAACUGCAUGUCUGAGCUGCGGAAGGGAUCUCUUUUCAGUCUGGAAUGCCUUUGGGAGAGGAUCGAUGGGAGAAAUGCCUGCAAAAAUGUACACGUGAGAAUUUCACCGAUCAAUAUUUACAUCGAGGACAAAUACGUCACGCAAUUACUGGAGUAUGCCACUUCGAUGGUGCGUCCCUGCUGUAUCAUGUCUGGUGAUUCUAUAAUUCUUCAAUCUCUCGUUGCUAAAGAAACGAUAAAUAUUCCUACGAAUGUUAUUAUUGACGCGGGAAUCAUGAGUUCUCCUUUGAGAAUUCAGGGCCUGAUGAUCGAGCCUAUUUCUAUUCUCCUGAGUGUUCACACUUCGGUGAGACUGUACGUCGCCCUGGACCACUCGCCUCUCCACUUCGGGGUCUUUGAAAGAGAGAAUUUAUUCACAACACCUUAUAGACUAGGGAAUGCCCUGACGAUGCAUUAUCUGUCUGGUGCGAUUUUUGGUGCUGGAUGGGUGGUGGGAUCACUGGAGAUUCUGGGAUCACCAGGUAGUUUUGCCCAGGCCCUGGGCUCUGGUCUUAAGGAUUUCAUUGCUCUACCGUUUCAGGGACUCCUUCAGGGCCCUUGGGGAUUUAUCGUUGGCAUCACUCAUGGCUCUGCCAGUCUCAUGAAGAACAUCACUGCUGGAACAGUCAAUUCUGUUACCAAAUUGGCAUCGAGUGUUGCUAGAAAUUUGGACAGACUCACUCUCGACGAAGAGCAUCUGCAAAGACAGGAGGAGUCUAGGAGGAUGAGACCACAGGGCAUGGCGCAGGGAUUGUAUCAGGGACUCACUGGUUUUGGAAUCAGCAUCUUGGCAGCUGUGGCUGGACUUGCACAUCAUCCUCUUCAGAAUUUAUUGAAUGGUGAGACGAGUGCCAAGGGGUUGAUGACUGGUGUGGGACUUGGACUCGUGGGUGUUGUUACCAAGCCUUUAUCAGGUGCUGCUGAACUUGUCGCACUCACUGGUCAGGGACUUCUCCAGAGGACUGGGUGGAAUUCGUUGCCAUCUGCCAGGAGGGCAUCUGUUUCUGGGAAUUUUCCCAGGGGAUCAUUGUCCACUAGGUACAUCUGGAGACUUGCAUCUCUGAUGCUCAAGAAUUGUGAUAAUAUUUUGUACCUGGCUGAUGCUGAUUUCGUCGACAACAAGGGGAACGAGUGUCAGGUAACUGUUUUGAUCACCAGGCAUGAUCUUGUUGUUGUUAAUAAAAGUGAGGACAAGGUCUACAAGAUGUUUGCCCUGAAGGAGUUGAGUCUGGGGGAGGACUUGGGGGAUGACAACUGCUUGAGGAUAAGCUACUCCGUUGGACACCAGCAGAAGUAUAUGUCGGAAACACCUAGCGAGAGACUGGAGAUGGAUCACGAGAUGAGAAGUAGAGUCGAGCAAUAUGUCAUCAGUAGUUCUGGACUUGUCAGUCUUGAUGGAGAUAAUCAGGGAGUUGUGCAGGGAAAUUAUUCCAUCGAUUUUUCUGUUAAUUCACUCAAUUUUUAUUUGAGGAAUGACGAGAGAAAUUAUCUCAGGAGUCUUGUGAGAAUUGUUAAGAGGCAGAGUCAGGGAAUCGAUUUUACGGUUUUGUGAGAACUUUUUGUAAUUAAUAUACUAUUAUUUUAUGAGAGAGUGUGUUGUAUAGAGAGUGAAUUGAUUGUUAUUGAUCAUUUUUAUUGUCUAAAUAUUUAAGUAAAAAAUAUAUUCAAUUUUUUACACAGUUCUCAGUCUUUUUAUU